GAUGAUGACACCCGCCUGCCAAUGUACAACAUUAUCGUUCCGUCGAACGCUCCCAUUCCGACGCUGCUCCAGCAUCACAUUGACCACGUCGUCAACGCCCCGCGAGCGUCCUCUUCCCCGGCGGCGAAGAAUAUCCGACGCGAUCAGCCGAGGGCAGAGGCUGCGACGAACGAACACACGGCUAUAGAUAUUCUGAAGGACAAUGUCCUGUUCAAAGCAGAAGCGGCUGGCGGCGAGCGAUACGUGGACCAAGCACGGAACAUCAACUUGCUUCGGAGGCACUUGCCGUCAGCGCCCUCGGACUUCGUUGAACAAAUAUACGGCGCGCUUACACAACCUCAGCCUAACACUGCCGUGGGUUACAUCACCGAGAGAGCUGCACGCGGUGCGAGUGUGCACGCACCCUUCAGCAUUCAAGAGGAGGCAGUUCUCAACGUUCACGCUGUUUGCGAGGGCCUCCACUUUCCCUUCCUGACAUGUCAAUGGAAAAGCGCCAAAAGCUCACAAGGCCAUUGGCAUGCUGAGCGGCAAGGUGCUCGAGACGGCGCCACCCUCGUGAAUGCUAUCCACAAAUAUCUGACCUGUGCUGGCAAGGAUCCCACCGUCGUCGAGACUUGCCACUGGUCUUUGACCUGUGACAUCUCUUCCAUCAAUCUUUUUGUACAUUGGCGGGCCGAAGAGAACGGGAUUGCAAAAUUCCAUAGCAAGAAAGUGGAGCAGGAGUUUUUGCACGACUUGAAGGAUCCGGAGAAUCCCGCCAUUGUCAGGAUGCGACGUCUGCUACGCAAUAUUCUCAACUACAGCCUCGGCACACGGCUCACCAUGAUUCGAGACGCUAUUCCAGCCAUUCAAGCU